GCGAAAACCCCGUCCACCGUCGACUCCGUUCAACUAACCACCAGCAACCAUGGGUCGCAUGCACUCCAACGGCAAGGGCAUAUCGUCCUCGGCGAUUCCCUACUCACGCAACCCUCCGGCGUGGUUGAAGACGACGCCCGAGCAGGUCGUUGACCAGAUCUGCAAGCUCGCGAAGAAGGGUGCCACGCCCUCUCAGAUCGGUGUCAUUCUCCGUGACAGCCACGGUAUUGCCCAGGUCAAGGUCGUGACCGGUAACAAGAUCCUCCGCAUCCUCAAGAGCAACGGACUUGCUCCCGAGAUCCCCGAGGAUCUCUACAUGUUGAUCAAGAAGGCUGUUGCCGUGCGCAAGCACCUCAGCACCAACCGCAAGGACAAGGACUCCAAGUUCCGCCUCAUUCUCAUCGAGUCCCGUAUCCACCGUCUCUCCCGCUACUAUAAGACCGUCGGUGUCCUCCCCCCUACCUGGAGGUACGAGAGCGCUACCGCUUCCACCCUCGUCGCAUAGAGGAGCAGUUGGUUGGUGGAGUGGAUGGUGGAGGAUGUCAAGCCCUCGGACGGAGUUUCAUGGAAUCAUGGACACAUGCAUGCUUUUUAGGGUCAUCUGCCCUUCUGGGAUGGACAUGGUUUGAAAUGAAUCAAAAAGUAAUACCUGGCCA